CCGAAGAAGAAGCCUGCCGCCCGGCUCUUCUUUCCCCCGGCAUCAGUUGAGCCUCGCAGGAACACGGCUGGUGAAGUAUCACCAGCGGCUGCGUUUAAUUUAACAUUUUACUCAGCAUAACACAUCUUUUUGAUGUUCAUCUGAACGGGAUGAAGAUUUGAUUAAGUGUUUUAUGAGCCGUCGCUUUGUCAGGGUAACCUUAGUCCCGUUCCUCAUAAGAAAUUAUAUUUUAGGGUAUUAUGAUAGCUACUUAAUUGAUUUUUUUGUCGUUUGAGCAAUAGCUAACGUAAUCAGCCGAAGGGGCAUUUUUUCUUCUGUCCUCUGCCCUGUCUCCUCGCCUUAUAGAGCCAGUUUUUCUGGUUGAAUCGAGCCUAAAAAAGGAACUCGUCUGAGGAGAGCCGACUGAAAGCGCCAAAAUGGGGUAUGGACGGUCGGACAGCUACCGCGUGGCUACCACGCAGGACAAGGAUGAGAAGGAGUCGCCCAAGAAGAAGGGAGGCAAGGAUCUCGAUGACCUGAAGAAGGAAGUUCCCAUAACUGAACACAAAAUGUCUGUUGAGGAGGUUUGCCGGAAGUACAACACCGAUAUCGUUCAAGGUUUGACCAAUGCCAGGGCUGCAGAGUAUCUGGCCAGGGAUGGCCCCAACGCUUUGACUCCACCCCCUACCACCCCAGAAUGGGUCAAGUUCUGUCGUCAGCUGUUCGGUGGCUUCUCCAUCUUGCUGUGGAUUGGUGCCAUCCUCUGCUUCCUGGCCUAUGCCAUCCAGGCUGCCACAGAGGAUGAACCUGCUGGGGAUAAUUUGUAUCUGGGUAUCGUGCUGUCAGCUGUUGUUAUCAUCACCGGCUGCUUCUCUUACUUCCAGGAAGCUAAGAGCUCCAAGAUCAUGGAAUCAUUUAAGAACAUGGUCCCUCAGCAAGCCUUGGUGAUCCGCGAGGGAGAAAAGAUGCAGAUCAACGCUGAGCAGGUGGUUGCAGGAGAUCUGGUGGAGGUGAAAGGAGGAGACCGGAUCCCUGCCGACCUCCGCAUCAUCUCCUCACAUGGCUGCAAGGUGGACAACUCAUCCCUUACUGGUGAAUCAGAGCCCCAGACCAGGUCACCUGACUGUACCCAUGACAACCCCCUGGAAACCCGAAACAUUGCCUUCUUCUCUACCAACUGUGUUGAGGGAACUGCACGUGGUAUUGUUGUGUGUACUGGUGAUCGCACAGUGAUGGGACGCAUUGCCACCCUCACUUCAGGUCUGGAGACUGGGAAGACACCCAUUGCCAAGGAGAUUGAGCACUUCAUCCACAUCAUCACAGGCGUGGCUGUUUUCCUUGGCGUGACCUUCUUCAUCCUCUCAAUCAUCCUGGGUUACUCCUGGCUGGAGGCUGUAAUCUUCCUCAUUGGUAUCAUUGUGGCUAAUGUGCCCGAGGGACUGCUGGCCACAGUCACUGUGUGUCUGACACUGACUGCCAAGCGAAUGGCUCGCAAGAACUGUCUGGUAAAGAACUUGGAGGCUGUGGAAACUCUGGGCUCCACCUCCACCAUCUGCUCUGAUAAGACAGGCACCCUGACCCAGAACAGGAUGACCGUGGCCCACAUGUGGUUUGACAAUCAGAUUCAUGAAGCUGACACGACUGAGGAUCAGUCUGGCUCCUCCUUCGACAAGAGCUCAACAACAUGGGUGUCUCUGGCUCGCAUUGCUGCCCUGUGCAACCGCGCUGUGUUCAAAGCAGGUCAGGAAUCUUUGCCCAUUCUGAAACGAGACGUAGCCGGUGACGCCUCAGAGUCAGCUCUACUGAAGUGUAUCGAACUGUCCUGUGGCGCCGUCAAGGCCAUGAGGGACAAGAAUAAGAAAGUUGCAGAGAUCCCGUUCAACUCCACUAACAAGUACCAGCUCUCAAUUCAUGAAACUGAGGAGGAAAAUGACAAGCAUUACCUGCUGGUGAUGAAGGGAGCCCCAGAGAGGAUCCUUGACCGCUGCUCCACCAUCAUGGUGCAGGGCAAGGAGCAGCCGAUGGACGAUGAGAUGAAGGAGGCUUUCCAGAAUGCCUAUCUGGAAUUGGGAGGGCUGGGAGAGAGAGUGCUGGGGUUCUGCCACCUGUUUCUGCCUGAGGACAAGUACCCAAAAGGUUUUGCCUUCGACACCGAUGACGUCAACUUCCAAACUGACAACCUUUGCUUCGUUGGCCUCAUGUCCAUGAUUGACCCUCCCCGCGCUGCCGUGCCUGAUGCUGUGGGCAAAUGCCGCUCAGCUGGCAUCAAGGUUAUUAUGGUGACUGGUGACCACCCAAUCACAGCCAAGGCCAUUGCUAAGGGUGUGGGUAUCAUCUCUGAGGGAAACGAGACAGUGGAAGACAUUGCUGCACGCCUCAACAUUCCUGUCAGCCAAGUGAACCCCAGGGAUGCAAAGGCCUGUGUGAUCCAUGGUACGGAUCUAAAAGACCUCACACAGGACCAGAUGGAUGACAUUUUGAGGAAUCACACAGAGAUUGUCUUUGCCAGAACCUCCCCACAGCAGAAGCUCAUCAUUGUUGAAGGUUGCCAGAGACAGGGUGCUAUCGUGGCUGUGACUGGUGAUGGUGUGAAUGACUCUCCUGCCCUGAAGAAGGCUGACAUUGGUGUUGCCAUGGGAAUCUCUGGCUCAGACGUAUCCAAACAAGCUGCAGAUAUGAUCCUGUUAGAUGACAACUUUGCCUCCAUCGUCACUGGAGUGGAAGAAGGACGUCUGAUCUUUGACAACCUGAAGAAAUCUAUUGCGUACACUCUGACCAGCAACAUCCCAGAAAUCACCCCCUUCCUCUUUUUCAUCUUGGUCAACAUCCCCCUGCCUCUGGGUACCAUCACAAUCCUCUGCAUCGACCUGGGAACUGACAUGGUACCAGCCAUCUCUCUUGCUUAUGAAGUAGCAGAGAGCGACAUCAUGAAGCGACAGCCCAGGAACCCACUGAGGGACAAACUGGUCAAUGAGAGACUCAUCAGUAUUGCCUAUGGACAGAUUGGUAUGAUCCAGGCUCUUGGGGGCUUCUUUGCCUAUUUUGUCAUCAUGGCUGAAAAUGGUUUCCUGCCAUCUCUGCUUGUCGGCAUUCGACUCAACUGGGACGAUCGCUCCAACAAUGACCUGGAGGACAGCUAUGGACAGCAAUGGACCUACGAACAACGUAAGAUUGUGGAGUUUACUUGCCACACAGCCUUCUUUGUCAGUAUUGUGGUGGUGCAGUGGGCAGAUGUGAUCAUCUGCAAGACCAGGCGUAACUCUGUGUUCCAGCAGGGCAUGAGGAAUAAGAUUUUGAUCUUUGGCCUGUUUGAGGAAACGGCUCUGGCUGCUUUCCUGUCCUACUGCCCUGGUAUGGACUUGGCACUACGGAUGUACCCACUCAAGCCCAGUUGGUGGUUCUGUGCGUUCCCAUACAGUUUCCUCAUCUUUGUUUACGAUGAGAUCCGAAAACUCAUCCUGCGCCGAAACCCCGGAGGCUGGGUGGAAAAAGAGACAUACUAUUAAAUUAUCAAAGCAUCAUUUA